AUGGGCGUCAAUUCUAUAUCCUCGGAUACGAGCAGUGAUCUGAACGAGCAGAUCGAGCAACUUAUGCAGUGCAAGCCACUCUCGGAACCACAGGUGAGAGGGUUAUGUGAGAAAGCAAAGGAAAUUCUAAUGGGAGAAAGCAAUGUUCAGCCUGUGAAAAGCCCAGUGACAAUUUGUGGUGAUAUUCAUGGGCAGUUUCACGACCUGGCAGAGCUUUUUCGAAUUGGAGGGAAGUGUCCUGAUACCAAUUACUUGUUUAUGGGAGAUUAUGUGGACCGUGGUUAUUAUUCUGUUGAAACCGUGACGCUCUUAGUGGCCCUGAAAGUGCGUUAUCCUCAGCGUAUCACUAUUCUCAGAGGAAACCAUGAAAGUCGUCAGAUUACUCAGGUUUAUGGGUUUUACGAUGAAUGUCUUCGAAAGUAUGGCAAUGCCAAUGUUUGGAAGAUCUUCACUGACCUUUUUGACUACUUUCCACUGACAGCAUUGGUUGAGUCAGAAAUAUUUUGCCUGCAUGGUGGGUUGUCCCCUUCCAUUGAAAACCUUGAUAACAUAAGGAAUUUUGAUCGUGUUCAAGAGGUUCCACAUGAAGGGCCGAUGUGUGAUCUGUUAUGGUCUGACCCAGAUGACCGAUGUGGUUGGGGUAUUUCACCUCGUGGUGCGGGAUAUACUUUUGGUCAGGAUAUAUCUGAACAAUUUAAUCAUACAAACAGUUUAAAGUUGAUUGCAAGAGCUCAUCAGUUGGUUAUGGAUGGAUUCAACUGGGCUCAUGAACAAAAGGUGGUUACUAUAUUUAGUGCACCUAAUUAUUGCUAUCGCUGUGGGAACAUGGCUUCUGUUUUAGAAGUCGAUGACUGCAGGGGCCAUACCUUCAUCCAGUUUGAGCCAGCUCCUAGAAGAGGAGAGCCAGACGUUACCCGUAGAACACCUGAUUACUUUCUGUGA